CGCCGCCCCCCGCACCCGAACCGUCCGCCCGCCCUGCGCGGCCAUGCGGGAGCGGGGCAACCGCCGCCGGGCCUGAGGGGCUGCGGAGGCCCGGGCCUGCCCUGCGGAGCGGGGAGCGGCGCCGGGCAUGCGGGCGGUGGCAGCGGGCCGGGAGGUGGGAUGCUCUCGCGGAAGAAGACGCGGACGGAGCUCUCCAAGCCGGGCGAGGUGCAGGGCAAGUAUGUGAAGAAGGAGACCAGCCCCUUGCUUCGCAAUCUGAUGCCUUCAUUUAUCCGUCACGGUCCAACCAUUCCAAGACGAACUGAUAUCUGUCCUCCUGACCCAACUUCUUCUGCAUACGCUUCUGGUGGAGAUGGAAUUGUUUCCAGAAACCAGAGUUUCCUCCGAACUCCAGUGCAGAGGCCACCUCAUGAAAUAAUGAGACGUGAAAGCAACAGACUGUCUGCACCUUCCUACCUUGCAAGAAGUUUAGCUGAUGUCCCUAGAGAAUACGGCUCUUCCUCCCAGUCCUUUCUGACAGAAGCUAAUUCUGUGCUGGAAAACGGAGAUGCUGGUGCCCGCUGUUAUUAUUAUGACCAUUUCUAUGAUGCCCAGAGGAGACGCCAGCUCAACGAUCGCCUGCACGACGACUACAGGUAUUACGAGCACAGCAGUGACAUCUUCCAGAGGGUGUCACAGAAUCAUGGCAGGCACACUUCAGGCAUCGGUAGACUUGCUGCUACAUCUCUAGGAAACUUAACAAAUCAUAGUUCUGAAGAUUUACCUCUUCCUCCUGGCUGGUCAGUGGACUGGACUAUCAGAGGAAGGAAAUACUAUAUAGACCAUAACACUAACACAACUCACUGGAGCCACCCACUCGAGCGAGAGGGGCUGCCUCCAGGCUGGGAGAGGGUUGAGUCACCAGAAUUUGGAGUCUAUUAUGUGGAUCACAUCAAUAAAAGAGCUCAAUAUAAACACCCUUGUGCUCCCAGCGUUCCCCGCUACGACCAGCCUCCCCCAGUGAGUUACCAGCCCCAGCAAGCUGAGAGGAGCCAGCCUCUCCUGGUCCCUGCAAACCCCUACCACACUGCUGAGAUUCCAGACUGGCUGCAGGUCUAUGCCAGGGCUCCUGUCAAAUACGAUCACAUUCUGAAGUGGGAGCUCUUCCAGCUGGCCGACCUGGACACCUACCAGGGGAUGCUGAAGCUGCUCUUCAUGAAGGAACUGGAAAGGAUCGUGAAGCUGUACGAGGCCUACAGGCAGGCCCUGCUGACCGAGCUGGAGCACCGCCAGCAGAGGCAGCAGUGGUACGCCCAGCAGCACGGCAAGAACUUCUAAGCUAACAACUCUUUGUAUCCAAUAGACUCUUCCUGGGGACACUUAAGAGCUUUAAAACAAGAAAAAAAAAUGAGAAAGAAAAAAAAAAAAGGUUUUCACACUUCAAACUAUGAAAAAAAGGCUUUUUUUUUUUUUGUUGAAAAGGCAGCUUAUUUUUGUUGAUGUUGCACCUUUGUUAUUAUCCUCUUGAAUAUUUUUCUACAUGUAUUAUGUAUUGUUUAUAAAAACGAAAAACGUUUGUUAACCUUUUUCCAGACAAGAACGAGUUUGUUAUUCUGAAAACCAGCAUGGAGUUGAAUCAGAGACUUGAUUCUGGUUUCUUUUUUUUUUUUUUUUUUGCCUAGCAGUCAGCUGCAUUAUUAAGAAGCUGACAAUAUAUUUUUUAAAGGGCAAUAGAUGUAACUGUAUGAAAUGUCCUGGAUUCAAAACAUGGUUAAAAUCCAAAUGAAUACUCCUGUGUGUUUCCCUCAGGGCUUCCUUACCCCUCUCUCUGGAGAGUUCUGCUCUGUGUUUACAGCUUUAAUGUACAGAACACUGAUGCUGUUCCUCUUCAGCAACACCAGGGCUGGAACCAGACCGAAGCGGGUGAUUCCAUCCUCUAAACCCAAGUGCUUCAUGGAAGAGAAGCCUGAGUUGCCUUAUUUUUUACUUUUAACACUUUACUACUUUAGAUUUACUGCUCGUUGUCACAGAAAUCAGUCGGAGGGGAAAUACUUGCACCUGAUGAAAGACCAAGAUCCCUAAAGCAAACUUGUCACAGGUGUUUCAGUGCUUGGUAAACUGCAUUUCACAGAACAUGAAGGGAAGGCCACAGCCUUGUCUGACCAGCUCACCCACCAGCUGCACCAACCGUGGAGAAAAUCAGGGAUGUAACAACAAUUACUCUUUUGGGUUUUUUUUUUUAACAAGCUUUUGUCUUGUAUUGAAGCUUCCUUACUUGGGGAAAGUUUUUAAUUGUACAGUUACCCUCAACAAUAUUUUCAUUUGGUUCAUUAAUUGUCCUGAAAUGUUAUUUAUGGAUUCUUUUUAGUGCAAUAAACAUUGUUGCAGACAAAAAAAAUACAUUUCUUGUAAAUCCUAUUAAUUCAAUAAAAAUCAUUUUGUUUAAUGUA